AAGAAGAAUUUAUUUCCGGUGUCCACUACAUCGCUUGUGACGUAGUGACGUGUAGGACAACAUUAUUAUUAUACCGGUUAUAUUCUGCUAAAAAGUAUUGACACAUAAAUAUCAUAAUGCUGUCUCUGAAACGAGAUAAGAAAGAAGAGGAAGAAGGUGGUGGAAACCCGUUUUACAACCUGGAAAAAAGCGCUGUUCUUCAAGAGGCCCGCACCCUCAAUGACACUCCAAUUGAUCCUAGGAAAUGUGGACAUAUACUCACAAAGCUACUGUACAUCAUAAAUCAGGGAGAGAACAUUGGCCAGAAUGAAGCUACCAAGGCUUUCUUCGCAAUGACAAAACUUUUCCAGUCAAAUGAUCCAAUUCUCCGCAGACUGGUAUACCUGGGUAUCAAAGAGAUGUCCAAAAUUGCCCAGGAUGUCAUUAUCGUGACGAGUUGUCUGAUGAAGGACAUGAAGGGAAAAGAGGAGUUUCGAGGACCUGCCAUCCGAGCUCUGUGCUCUGUUACAGAUAGCACCAUGCUCCAGAGCAUCCAGCGUUACAUGGACGAAGCUAUCAUGGACAAGGGACCUGCUGUGGCUAGCGCUGCUCUAGUCUCGGCACUUCAUCUGGGCAAAGGAAGCCAUGAAGUAGUCAAGCGCUGGGUGGAUGCAGCCAAUGCAGUUGCCACCAGUGAGAAUCCUAUGGUGGAGUUCCACGCCUUGUGUCUGCUGUACCACGUGCUGAAGAAUGACAAGAUUGCUUUGUUCAAGCUGGUGAGCAAGUCCAGGAAGUUCAGGUCGCCCUACUCCUACUGCUUGCAGAUCCGCAUUGCUGCCAAGCUGAUUGAGAGAGAGGAUGCAGGCUCAAACAGUGAGCUCUUUGACUUCAUUGAGAGCUGCCUGAGGCACAAGUCGGAGAUGGUCAUCUAUGAGGCUGCUCAGGCCAUUGUCCAGCUGAAGAACACCACUGCCAAGGACUUGGCCCCAGCCGUCUCCGUGCUGCAGCUCUUCUGCAGCUCCCCCAAACCGACCCUGAGGUUUGCGGCAGUCAGGACCUUGAACAAGGUUGCAAUCAAGCACCCUGCAGCAGUAACUGCAUGUAAUCUUGACCUGGAAAACCUCAUCACUGACGUCAACCGCAGCAUCGCCACAUUGGCCAUCACCACCUUGCUGAAGACUGGCAAUGAGAGCAGCGUGGAUCGCCUGAUGAAACAGAUCUCCAGCUUCAUGUCUGAGAUCUCUGACGAGUUCAAGAUCGUUGUGGUCCAGGGAAUCCGCUCUCUGUGCUCCAAAUUCCCCAGGAAGCACAACGUGCUCAUGACGUUCUUGGCUCAGAUGCUCAGAGAUGAGGGAGGUUUUGAUUACAAGAAAGAGAUUGUUGAGUGCAUUAUCUCUACUAUUGAGGAGAACCCAGAAGCAAAGGAAGCAGCUGCCAGCUGGACAGCGACGAUGAAGUGAGAGACAGAGCCACUUUCUACGUCAACGUGCUCAAGCAGAACCAGAAACCCCUCAGUUCUGCCUACAUCCUCAAUGGCCUGCAAGUGUCUGUGGUUGGUCUUGAGAGAGCCUUGCAUCAGUACACCCUGGAGCCCACAGAGACGGAGUUUGACAUGAAGUCUGUGCCACUGGCCACUCAGCCUCUCGCUGAGCAGAAAGUGCGGGAUGUGCCAGGGGAGUCUGCCAGCGUCAAGCCCUCACAGGACAAGGUGGCUGCCUCCAGGCAGGAUGUCUACCAGGAACAACUGGCACAGGUUCCGGAGUUGGCAAACUUGGGCACCUUGUUCAAGUCGUCGAGACCGCUGGAGGUGACCGAGUCGGAGACAGAGUACUACAUACAGUGUGUCAAACACACUUUCAGCAAUUACAUUGUGUUCCAGUUUGACUGCACCAACACUCUGAACGACCAGUUGCUGGAGAAUGUGACUGUGGACAUGGAGCCGGCCGAAGGUUUUGAGGUGUCCAAGAGCAUCCCGUGCGUGAACCUGCCGUACAACAAACCAGGCUCCACCUACACUCUGGUCAGACUCCCCUCGGAGCCCACACAAGUCACUGGAACAUUUGCUUGCACCUUGAAGUUCUUGGUGAAGGAUUGUGACCCGCAGACUGGAGAGCCGGAUGAUGAGGGUUAUGAUGAUGAAUAUGUGCUGGAGGAUGUGGAGGUGACAGUGGCAGAUCACGUACAGAGGGUGAUGAAGCCCAACUUUGCCGCUUCCUGGGAGGAAGUGGGUCCCGAGAACGAACUGGAAGACACCUACUCUCUGUCCACCAUGAACACACUGGAAGAGGCCAUCAAGAACAUAAUCCAGUACAUUGGAUUGCAGCCGUGCGAGAGGUCAGACAAGGUGCCUGAGGGCAAGAGCUCCCACACUCUGUACCUCGCCGGAGUCUUCCGGGGUGGCCAUGAUGCCCUGGUGCGGGCCAAGCUGGCGCUGGACUCGUCGGGCGUCACCAUGCAGCUGACGGUGCGCUCCACCGAUCCCAACGUGUCUGAGGUGCUGGCCACUGCUGUAGCUUAACAGUUGCGUCUAGCUGGGGGUGCGUCUUAUCUUGAGCAUCAUGCAAGACUCUUGUAAUCCCAACGUAUGUAUGGGUAGAACCUGAACUGAAGCUUAUUGUCUUUGGUUUUUUUAUAAGCAUCUAAUAAUAGGCACUGUUAAUGUUCUAUGUAAUGUGAUUGGUUCUUAUUUUUGUUAGACUUGCAUAUGAGCUGAAAGACAAGAUUAUAAUGGUAUACCUCCAUAGAUUUGUGGCAAUUCUUAGGUGUAUGAGUUCUAAUUUUUUGUUGUACUGAAUUCUGUGAGAGGAUAGGAAAGUAUUGGAUUUUUGGUAAUUGAUUACGCCAAAGUGAUAGCGUACAGUUGUAUAUCCCUUCUCCUUGAAGGUUGUCAGAACUUUGCGAUGAUUUUGUUAUUGAUGCCAUGCUGGGUUCAAUAUUGAAUUAAAUUUAUGUGGGGAACGCUAAGAAAAGGAACAAUUGAAUUAUUGUUGACUAUGGUGAGGAAACUUUUCUCCAUCAUUAGCCUAGUCUUAGUUCUGUUGCUACUCCCACCUUGGUUUUUUCAUGAUUUUAUCUAGCACAAUGGUUGUUUCGAGAAAAAAAUCUUGUCUAAAAUUUUGAAGAAAAUAAAGAUUGGUUGUCAGCGUUUCAAAGCUGACCCAGGAGGUAGAAAGACACAAGUGUAUUCUAAUUGGUAAGAGAUGUGAUUCAUUGUCCAUGUGUCAAAUUUGUAGUUUAUGUCAUUCUCUGUGAAAGAUGAUAAAAAUAUGCUGCUUUGCAUGUGGUCCCAAGUACUUUAAAAAGUAAAAAAUGUGCUGCUUUGAAUAUGGUCCCCCUUUUUAAAGAAAGAAAUAUUCUGCUUUGCUUCCCUACUUUAAAAGCAACUCAAAAGUAUGUUUGGCUCCUUUCAUCAUUGUGCAGCAGUUCAAGAUACAACUCAAAAUUUGAAGUUUUCGCAUUUGUUUAGCUUCCCCAAAAGACCCCACAUGUUAUCAAUUUCUAUUGUUCUGUGAUACAGGAUCAUUGUGGGGUUUGUUUAUUUCUGUGCAUCUGGUUUCCCGAUUACCCAUCAAAUCUGAAAUAAACAGUCGGUGGAUAAACUUGA